AUGAGACCACAUGAAGCUAACACUGAGACUACGAGAUGGUCAAACCUAUCAAGCCUUCAGAGCAUUAUGAAGACAAAAGACAGUAACAAUGUCCGUUCAAACGUGUUUGGUGGAGCAGAGGGAUUGCCCAUUUCCGUGUUUGGUGAGGAACUAGAAGAAAGGAACAAGACGGGAGAUGAUCCAGAGGAGAUGAAAUCGGAGUUUAUCAAGAGAUACGAACCUAAAGAACUUGGGGAGAUACUAAGACAGUAUAGACCACAAGGAAUGAAAGAAGAAGGUUGGUUCUCGUUGCAUGAGCUGAACCAGAGGCUUGUUAAGCUGAGAGAGGUUGAAGAGGAAACAGCACAGGGAACGAGGAGGAAGGGGUUUCCCUUUGAUGAACUGAGGUCUGAUAUUCAAAAAGCCAGAAAAUCAUCACAAGUAUUUCAGAACUUGGAUUUUUUCAGCGUUUUAAAUGGUACCCCAAAGUAUUUGUUGGAGCCUCCGAAAGAUGAGCUUGUUCAAACUUAUUUCCACCCGGAUAAUAUGUCAUCUGCGGAAAAGAUGAAAAUCGAGCUUGCAAAGGUCAGAGAAGAGUUCAAGAUGUCGGAAUCAGAUUGUGGUUCUGCACGUGUUCAAGUGGCACAACUGACUACUAAGAUCAAGCAUCUAUCUUCUGUUCUACAUAAAAAGGACAAGCAUUCGAGAAAGGGACUUAUAGCAAUGGUGCAUAGACGGAAGAAACUGCUCAAGUAUAUGAGGCGAACAGACUGGGACUCAUACUGCCUUUCACUCUCAAAACUCGGUCUACGUGACAACCCUGAUUACAAGUUUUAA